GCUGGAGACCAUACAGAAACAAUAUCAUGAUCUGACAUGAGACAUGAGACUUCAGACUUUAACAAACAGUGAACUUACGCAGAUUUGAAGAAAAAUAAUAAUGAAAAACAAGGAACUAUUUUGAAACCAUGAAACCAAAGUAGCCUGUUUAGUUUUCUGCAGUUUUAGGUUAAGCUGUUGAGGAAGAAUGAUCACAGCGACCAAACUUUUCGUUUUUCUUCUUCUUUUCCUCUCAUCACAGUCUGAGUAUGUGCUGGAGGGAUCAAAGACUAGUUAUCUUCAGUUCAGACGGUGGCCUGGUGGUCUAGAUACAGGACUAGAAUUCCAGUUUAGAACUGGACAGCAGGAUACUCUCAUACUAUACACAGACGACAUUAUAAACUGCAUCUUCUUAGAACUAAAGCUUGUGAGAGGAGCUGUACAACUGAGAUAUGACUUUGGUCUUGGUCCCGGGGUACUGAGAACUACGGUACAACAGUAUGGAGACAAUAAUUGGCACAAGGUGGCUCUGAAUCGAGGCGGGUUAAAGAGUACACUCACAGUCGAUUCAGAAAUAAUAUCUCAAUCAAUCAAUUCAUCAGUACUACAGUCGGUUGAGUUUUCUAAUACGAACAUGUAUAUUGGUGGUAUACCUACCUGGCUUGCAGCAAACAGCAAUGACCUGUCAGCCCCUAGCGUGGUGUUUGAGCCAACAUUUCAGGGGGGUUUUAAAGACCUUGUUUAUAAAGGACGAUCUGGGGACUCAAAACAGAAACUAGUGGCGUAUAAGGUAAUAUAGGCCAUUUUGAAAAUU